CGAGUCCUCGUGUUCGAGUCGUUCGUUUUAGUAACGUGACAUGACCGCUUUGCCAGUAAUAAUGAGCUUAUGCGCAAAUCACUCCCCGGGACGACCCGAUGUUCUCGAGCCAUGGGAAAGAUUCGUUCAAAAUGAACGAAUCAUUCGUGAACGACACAUCCUUGCGACGAACUCACAACCGGACCUGUCAAAUGUUGAUGACGUAGUGGUGUGCGACUCAAGCUUGCAAUCUCGUGUUAUCUAUCGUGUUUGCGAUAUGCAGAAAAUGUUUUGUAGUUUAAAGGAGCUAAGUGACUUUAAGUGUUUCUACAAUGUUUUGUGUCACGUAAGUUAAUAAACAGCUCAUUUAUAACGGAUUUGAAUGUGCAGUUUUAGUAAUAAAUGAUAUAAAGACCAGAGGUUAAACAUCCGAACAUGUAUUCCACCAUAGUAUUAAAAGUCAGAAUAUGCUUGAAUCCCUUACGGCCGUUUUUUCACCGAGGAAGGUCAGGUGUCCUCACUAUAAAGACUACUCUGUGUAAGUCAUCACAUGAUGUGCUUUCAGCAGCACGAUUUAUGUGCACCGGAGACACGAACUCUAACCUGGGUGGUAGACUGACAGACAGAAGGAACACUGGGCAGACUGACGGACAGGGGGGAAUGAAAAAUAAGGCCACCACACAAAGACAAGAGAAACGGUGGGAUGACACAGUGGAUGGAAGAAGUAGGCGCGCCCCUCAUUGGCAGAGGCAUUCUUUCCCCAAAUCUGUGUUUGCUGCGGGGACAGCAAAGAGGACGACAGAGAUUCUGAAGAAGAAAGCAGUUCUGGUCUCUCUGAAUGAGGAUGAGACUGAAGGAAGGACAACUAGAGGAGCAGGAAAGGUGCAGCCUCCUGACCAGCCGCUCUCUGCUGCUGAGUGGAGGAAGCUCAAGGAGUCUUUGGGAAAUCUGCAACGGUUUGACAUCCAGAUGAUGACUGCACUUUUCACCUCUGGGGCAGAGCUGGAUAUUGCCAAGUCCCUGCUGAAUUUUGUAGCCAUGGAAAAAGGGACACUGUCUUAUGAGCUGCUACUACAGUACUUGGUGCUGUGCGUGCAUGGCGGCCAUGAUGCCGAGGUGUUUGAGGUCUAUGACAUCAUGCGGGGGAGUUUCUCUUCUCUGGACACAGGAGCCUCCAGCCUCUUUAUCAAGUCCUUCAGCCGGACAGUGAGGUGGAGGGAAGCCAUCAACAUUCUGCAUGAGAUUAGAAAGGUCAUUAUCCCAUCAGCAAGCAACUAUGGCGAUGUCAUUGCAGCAGCAGUGUUGCAUGGUGACAUCAUAACUGCCUGGGCUUUUUAUGAUGAAUUAAUUGAAAAGGGACUGAGUCCACGCCAAGAGGUCUGGAAUGCUCUGUUCAAAGGACAGAGGGAGACUACGGAGGAAGGUGGGAAGGGGCUGGAGGCCAUGUCUCAGUCUGAACACCAGGAGAGGCUGCUGGGAAUUCUGCUCUACAUGAGGAACAACCAGAUCUACCCUGAGCAUAGCCUUGCCAGCAGCAUCAAGACCUGGUUUGAGAGUCUCUCAGGACAGAAGUGGACAGGUAGCUGGACCAGUACCACUCCAAAGGGUGUGUGUAGGUGUUGUCGGUCAGAGUUGGAGUCCAUCCAGCUGACUGCUGAGGAGUACCAGCACCUGAAAGACAGAGUGAUGACUGACAUCAUUCAGGGACGGGAUGUUUUUAACAAGACCACUCCAGAGGAGCUGGAGAAAUUCAAAGCGUUUGUAAAGAGGAAGCCAACUUUUGAUGUGGUUGUGGAUGGCCUGAAUGUAGCCAGUAUCAGCAACGACAAGAACAGACGGUCAGAGAUGUUGUUGGCGAUAGUGUCGGAGCUCAAGCAUCAGGGCCUGACUAUUCUGGUGCUGGGGCGGAAACAUAUGCUGCAACCCUGCAGAUCCUGGGAGAGACAUGACAUGAAACUUAUCCAGCAGCAAGCCCAUUGCUUUUUUACUGAAAACAUUUCCGAGGAUGACCCUUUCCUGCUGUAUGCCACUUUGCAUUCUGGGAACCACUGUCUGUUUGUGAGUAAGGACCUGAUGAGGGACCACAAGGCCUGUUUGCCAGACAUAGCCACCAGACAGCUCUUCUUCAAAUGGCAGCGAGGCCAUCAGCUGGUGGUGGAUGGAUAUGUUGCAGCAGGCAAGAGGGUCCGAUUUCAGAGUAUUCUCGAUUAUGACACCAUUGUCCAGACUUCAGGAGACUCAUGGCACAUUCCCUAUGAUGACACAGAGGACAGGAGCACCUAUGAAAUACCACAGCGAUGGCUGUGCCUGACCAAGCACUGACCAUACUCAUGCUCAUGCUUUGAAUGUAACUGUGGUCUUGUAAAAACAUUGUUUUCAGAAUAAAGCUAAAUAUUUUAAAAAGUA